AUGGCUUCUCCAAUUCCCCGCGGUCUCCGCCAAGUGCUCCAGAAGUCCCCCAAUGAUAUUGUGAUCCUCUCCUCUUUGCGCACCCCCGUUACCCGUGCCAAGAAGGGUGGUUUCAAGGACGCCUACCCAGAAGAGCUGCUCGCCAGCGUGCUGCAGGCAACACUAAAGGCAAACCCGAACCUAGACCCUGCCCAGAUUGACGAUGUGCUCAUCGGCUCUGUCCUGCAAGAACUGGGCGGCGCCAAAGCCGGCCGCAUGGGCCAGAUCCAUGCCGGCUUCCCUCACUCCGUGCCCUUCAACACAAUGAACCGUCAGUGCUCAUCCGGCCUAGCAGCUAUCACAACAAUUGCCAACGGUAUCCGCGCUGGCGCCAUCAACGUCGGUGUCGGUGGUGGCAUGGAAUCCAUGACCCGCAACUACGGCUCUCGCGCCAUCCCCACAGUCCUCUGGCCCGAGCUGAAAGAGUCCUACUCCCAGGACGCUCGCGACUGCAUCAUGCCCAUGGGUCUUACCUCUGAAAAUGUUGCGUCGCGCUAUGGUAUCUCCCGCGCAGACCAGGAUGCCUUCGCCGUCGAGUCCCACGCCAAGGCCUCCGCCGCCCAGAAGGCAGGCCGCUUCGACUCCGAGAUCGUCUCGGUCACUACCAAGACCCUCGACCCCAACGACCCCGAUGCCCCCGCAAAGGACGUGACUGUCUCCCAGGACGAUGGCAUCCGCCACGGUUUGUCCCUCGAGAAGGUGGCCUCGCUCAAGCCCGCUUUCUCGCCUACCGGUGCCAGUACUGCCGGUAACAGCUCGCAGGUCAGCGACGGCGCCGCCGCCGCUUUGUUGAUGCGUCGCUCCACCGCCGAGGAGCUGGGUCUGUCUGGUUCCAUUAAGGCGCGCUGGGUCGCGUCUGCCGUCGCGGGCUGUGCCCCCGAUGAGAUGGGUGUUGGACCUGCUGUUGCCAUCCCUAAGCUUCUGCAGACUGUUGGCGUUGAGGUUUCGGAGGUCGGUGUUUGGGAGAUUAACGAAGCUUUCGCCUCCCAGGCUCUCUACAGCGUUCGCAAGCUUGGAAUCGACCAGGCUAAGGUUAACCCCAAUGGCGGUGCUAUUGCUAUCGGUCACCCCCUCGGCGCUACUGGUGCUCGUCAAUUGGCUACUCUGUUGCCUGAGUUGGAGCGUAGUGGCCAGGAAAUCGGUGUUAUUAGCAUGUGCAUUGGCACAGGUAUGGGUAUGGCGGGCAUGUUUGUUCGCGAGUAA